UUUUUGUGCAAAAUUUUACCGGUUUCAUUGUAAAGCUUUGUAUUCUCCUUACAAGAGCUCCUCUUGAAUAGCCGAAUUAUCCUUUAAUUGGAUUACCUUUAUGUCACAUCAUCAUUUUAAUUCAGGUUUCGCGUGUAUCGCCACAGUAAAAAAUGGCAAGACCGAUUUCGUUUGUUACCGGAAAUGCAAAGAAACUCGAGGAAGUGCGUGCCAUUCUGGGGUCCUGUUUUCCACGGGAAAUCACUGCUGUAAAGUUGGACCUACCCGAGUUGCAGGGUGAGAUUGAUGACAUCUGCAAGCGCAAGUGUCUCGAGGCGGCUCGGCAAGUGAAGGGACCGGUAAUGGUUGAAGACACAUGUUUAUGCUUUAACGCUUUAAAAGGACUUCCGGGUCCGUACAUCAAAUGGUUCCUCGACAAGCUAGGCCCCGAAGGAUUGCAUAAGCUUCUCGACGGUUGGGAGGAUAAAUCCGCACAGGCAGUGUGCACGUUCGCUUACACGGAUCAACCGGACGGCGAUGUGAUACUGUUCCAAGGGCGUACCGAUGGCAUCAUAGUUGCACCACGAGGUCCACGAGAUUUUGGAUGGGACCCGAUCUUCCAACCUACCGGGUACGAGCAAACGUACGCCGAACUACCAAAGCCGAAAAAGAACGAAAUCUCCCAUCGAUACCGUGCGCUAGCCAAGCUGGCAGAGCAUUUCUCCAACGAAGGUAAAUGAAGUUGCAAAUAGAGGAGGAAAGUCACAAACAAUAGAUCAUUGGAGAGUA